ACGGCCCUUGGCAUGCCAUGGAAGCGUUGAGGAGUAUACUCAGCCCUCGCCAUGGCGCCGUCGCUGCCUUCUUGUCCGCCCUCAGCAUAUCCCUUCUCCUCGUGUCCCUUUCACCGAAGGCUGCCAGGAGGGAUUCGAGACUAGAGAUAGCUGCUCUCAGACCAGCCGAGGAAUUUGUUAUCCUGAGACCGAGGUUUAGGAGGAUUCAUCCCGCUUCGCUCUUCCGCCACCCUGUCAGGACUCAGUCCCUUUAUUCAGCUUCUCUGCCCAACGAUCCUCAAGAGUACCUUCAGCCUGCUCCCCACGUCGGCAAUCCUGGCCUGUUCGCCUCCGACCGCGAGCCCAUGAGGGGGGAGCCUUAUGGGACUCCGGAGUACAAGUAUGCAGAUGAGCCCCUGCCUUGCCCCUGCACUGCCGGGAUCUGUCUGGAUCUGCUCAUGGAUGAGGAGUACGAUCAGGGACCGACUCCGUGCACUUGUAACUGCAACCAGCCAAUGGCUCCAUGAUGAUAAUGCGGAGAGCAGCGGCAUUGUACGGACAGAAUCCGCAUUUUUAACCUGUAACCAUAUCAGGAUAUUCCCUAGGAUUUUUCUCUAGGAAGAAAUAUGCUUGAGAAG